AUGAAUUUUAGAUAUCAACCAAAUCAACAACCAUAUCAACCACCCCAACACAACAACAAUAGCAAUAAUAGAGGUAUUCCAACCAAUUAUCAACAAUAUCCACCUCAAAAUUAUCAACAAUAUCCACCACAACAAUAUUAUCAAGCACCAAUAAAUCCACAACAAUUCUACCCAGGUCCACCACAACAACCAAAUUUUGUUUCACAACAAACAGGACCAAUACCACAACAACCACCUGGUUUCAAUAAUCAAUCACCAAUUCCACAACAACAACCACAACAACCACAACAACCACAACCAUCCCAACCAUCACCAAUUCCACAACAACCUUUAUCACCUCAAUCAUCAUCACCAUCUUCACCACAACAUGUUGUAAUUCAACCAAACCAACCAAAUCAACAACAACAAAAUGCAAAUAGAAAACAAAGUGCUUUGAAACCAUCAGUUCAACAUAAUACUAUACCAAAUAUACCAAGAACUCAUUCAGCACCGCCAAGUUUGGAAGAGCAACAACAACAACAUCAACAUCAAAAUAACAUUAAAGGAUUUACACCAGAGAAGAGAACACCAAUUCAACAUUCACCUCAAUAUGUGAUUCCUCCACAACAAUUUGGUAAGCCAAUAUAUCCAAAUCCACAACAAAUGUAUUUUCAACAACAACCUCCAUAUCCUUAUUAUGGACAACCACCAGUUGUGCCAGUGGUUAAUCAAAUGAUUCCUCAAACUACAGUGAAGAAAACAUUGGAAAUUAUUGAUCCAAAAACCAAUGAAAAGGUCAUCAUUACAUCACCACCAAAAUCUUCAACAAACUCGACAGUCUUACCAACUUCAAAUACAUCAUCAUCAUCAUCAUCACCAACCAAUGCUAAUGGCAGCUCAACUCCUUCAGGUAGUGGUUAUGUCACUUCAUUCAGUAGUGGUAAUGUUAAUUUGAGAAAGAAUAAACAAUCUGGUGAAACUACCCCAAUUAAACAAGAUGCUGCUUCAACCACAACUUCAACACCUGCCACUCCAUCUUCAAAAGCAGAGUCAACCACUGAAGCUGAAACUACUAGUAAACCUUCAACUCCUACUACCGUUGAUUCUGUCUCAAGUACUACAACUCCAGACAAAUCAAAUGUUGUUACUGCUGCUGCUACCACCACUGCCGCCGCCACCACCACCACUACUACUACUGAUACUACCACUACCACCACUACACCAGAAGCUGAAACUUCAACCACCACUCCAGCAACUGAAGUUCAAUCACCAGUGGAAACAACCAAGGAAGAGCAACCAAAAGAAGAGGUUAAACCAACUGAAGUCCAACCACCAGUGGAACCAACAAAGGAAGAACCAAUAAAGGAAGAACCAACAAAUGAAGAACCAACAAAAGAAGAACCAGCCAAGGUAGAACCAAUUAAAGAAGAGCCAUCAGUUGUUGAAUCUACUACUACCGACACCAAAGAAGAACCAAUCAUUGUUGCUGAAGAGAAAAAGCAAGAAGAGACACCAGUAACUCCAGUAACUGAAAAGAAAGAGGAGCCAAUUGUUAAACCAGAAACUCCAGUUACUGAUUCAACUGCUGCUAGUACUACUGUUGAAAAAGAAUCAACUGAUUCAACCACUACAGCAACUGUAUCAACUACAGCUGCAGCAACAACAACAAAUGGUAAGGUUGAAGAAGAACUUGAAGAAUGGGAAAAGAAAGGAGAAGAAGAUUUCAAUAUUGUUCAAUCAUCUGAUUCAUCAACUUCUAUUACACCAGCUACAUCAUUGGUAUUUAGAAAUAGUGGUGAAAAAAUUGUUUAUUCAAAGGAAUUGAUGAUGAGUCUCAAACCAAAAUCAAUGGAAGAACCAACUGGUCCAUUAAAGGAUUUGAAGAAUCAAAUUGAAACCAAUACCAAUCAAAAUCAAUUGAAUAGAUCAGGCAAUAAGAUUGGUGGUAAUCAACAAAACAAAAACAUGGGUAUGGGUGGUAUGAAUAUGAAUCCAAACUAUCCACCACAAAUGAAUAUGAAAUAUCCACCACAAAUGAAUAUGAAAUAUCCACCAAAGAACUAUAACAACCAAGUUCAAGGUCAACAACAACAACAACAAGGUAAUCCAAACUUUAAUAAAUAUGCACCAGGUUAUCAAUACCAACAACAAAUUCAACAAGGUAUGCCACCACCAACUUUACAACCAAAUCCAUACCAACCACAACAAGCAACCUAUGGUAUCACCUUCUCUAGAGAUCCAGUUCAACCAUCAAUCUCUUCUCAACCAGUCAAUGAAAAACGUUGGGUUCCAACCAAAGUCAAUGCAUUGGAUGACAGUCAAAAGGUAUUGAGAAAGGCAAAUUUCAUUCUCAAUAAGAUUACACCAGAGAAAUUCGAUGUUCUCACUGAAGAGUUAUUGGAGCUUGGUAUUGUAGAUGAUGAAAAAGUUCACAAAGGUACCAUUGAUUUAAUCUUUGACAAAGCACUCAAUGAAAGUAAAUUCUGUACUAUGUACACCAAUUUAUGUAAGAAAAUCUUUGAAUUUGAAAAGGUUAAAAAAGAGAUUGCCAAGAGAGCAGUCUUUGAAAAGAUUGGUGUCAUUGAAACCGAAAACUACCAUAAGAUGAGCAACAAACAAAGAGAUGAAUUCGAUCAAGAACAUAAUGUCAAAGCAGUUUUUAGAACUCUUUUACUCUCUACUUGUCAAAAGGAAUAUGAAAAGAUUCCAUUUGAAACCGUCGAUAAAGUACCAGAGGAUUUGAAACCAGAGGAGAAAACUGAUUUCGAAGAAGGUCAAUUCAAAGAGAGAAAACGUAUCUUUGGUCUCAUCAAAUUCAUUGGUGAAUUGUUUAAACAACAAAUGUUAUCAGAAAAGAUCGUUCAUGGUAUUAUGGUCUCAUUGAUUGGUGAACUUCAACGUCCAUCCGAAAUUAAAUUGGAAUGUUUCUGUAAACUCUUAUCCAUCGUUGGUAAAACUCUUAGUCAAAAUGAACAAGCCUCUAAAUAUUUGACAUCUUAUUUCCAAAGAAUGCAACAAUUGGUCGAUAACUCUCAAACACUCUCUCAACGUAUUCGUUUCCUCAUUCAAAAUGUCAUGGAUUUAAAGAAUAGCAAUUGGACUCUUAAGGUUGAUGAAUCCGCUAAAACUCUCAAAGAAGUUGAAGCUACUCAAAAUAAACAAGAAGAUAAUCGUAAAUCUAAUCCAACCGGUGUAAAGAAUACCUCAAAUGUUAAAAAUAUGUUUAAUGCUUCAUUCAAUUUCGGUGGUCCAAAUGUUAAACCAAUGAUGGCUCCUCCAAUGAAUUAUAAUAAAAAUGCUCCAGGCAUUAAACCACCUGCUCAAUUCCAACCAAAACCAUAUCCAUAUAAUAAUAAUUAUAAUAAUCAACAGCAGCAACAACAACAUUUUGGUGGUGGUAAUAAUAUGAUGAACAACAACAAUAAUAAUUAUAAUAGAGGUCCAAUGGGUAAUAUGAAUAACAAUAUGAAUAACAAUAUGAAUAAUAAUAAUAUGAAUAAUAUGAAUAGUAAUAAUUCAACUUCAAAUAAUUCAGCCAAUUCAGAAAUUCAAAAGAAAUGGGAUGCUGUAUCAACAUCAAUCACUGAUAGUAUUAAUGAAUUCUUAGAACUUAAAGAUGAAGAAGAGUUUAUGGAAUGUGUAAAGAGUUAUGUUCCAUCAACAGAUCUUUAUCCACAUGUUAUCUCACAAUUGAUCAGUACUGCAUGUUCCAAACAAAAGGAUGAGCCAUUGAUCAAGAAAUUAAUCUUUGCCUCGGUUUUUGAUAAAAAACUUUUCACAACAGCUCAAUUCAAGAGUGGUUAUGAAUUGUUCAUCUCUUCAUUACCAGAUUUAUUCGAAGAUCGUCCAUCUGCCUUUAAAUCGGUCGCUUCUGUAUUCUAUAGUUUUGUAUUAAAUCAAGAGGGUCUCAUCACCAUUACACAAUUUGCCAAUGCUUUCACAAAGGUUUUGGAUGAUUGUGGUUCUUCCAUUCCAAAGAUUCUCUUUGAAUUUAUACUCCAAUUUGAAGAUCCAAAGAAAGCUGCUCAAUUGUUUGUUGAUAACAAAGUUGGUGUUCAAGGUUUCUUUACUGAAAAAGAUUUCUCAAAAAUUACCCAAACUGCAAUCUCUUACAACAAAGAUCUUCAACCAUUUUUUGAUAUUGUUAAACUUUAA